AGUCCCGCCCCCUCUCUUGCCAAUAACGCCGAUUUAGAGCAUCCCGUUCGUGGCGUUGCUUCGUGACGUUAACGCCUGGGAACGAGGUUACUAAACCUGGGAUCGGCGGCAGUCGUCAUAUUCGUGGCUGGUAACUUAAGGUCAUUGUAUAUGGUGGGGGUUACUUAAAAUAGUUUAAUCAAUUGUUGGAGUUUGGAUAACGCGUUGCGCAAAGCACUGGAUAUUCGCUGUCAUCUCCGUCAGGCUCACUCAUAAAUUCACCUGCGCAAACUAGAAAGGCAAGUUUCUCAAACGAGGCUUGAUAGAUCCGAGGACAACAUGGAUAUGGAUAGUAAAAGGCUGCUGGUGGUGGUGCCAAAUGAGGCCUCCAUUCCUCAGCGAAAAGCCUACAACAAUGAGGAUGAAGCGUGGAAGAGCUACCUGGAGAACCCCCUCACAGCGGCCACCAAGGCCAUGAUGAGCAUCAACGGGGACGAGGACAGCGCUGCGGCCCUCAGUCUGCUCUAUGACUACUACAAGGUUCCCAGGGAGAGGAGAAACAUCGCCAGUGCUGUCAAACCCACCGAUCUGUCCGCCACAGCGACGAGGGACAGUUCCUCCAACCUGGAGCUGCUGGAGAACCAUCUCCAGGUUCUACGUUCCAUGCCCGUCAAUCUUUCAAUGAACUCUAGCACAACCACCGCCAACAACACCACCCCUUCUGGGUCGGCGGAACACCUGGGCUCCAAGUGCGGCUCCAUGGGGUCGGCCUCAGCAGAAGUCCGGGGCGGUGUGUGCAGCAGUGGGGGCUGGGAUGGAGGCGUGGGCAUGGCUCCUCUAGCGCUGGUCAAAAGCGAGAGUCAGAUGUCAAACACAGAGCUCCUGAAGUCCUGCUGCGGAGGCUCGUACAAAGCGGACCCCAGUGAGCUGAUCAGGAUGGAUUACAACCAACAGAGCAGGUGUGAUCUGAGCUACCUGGCCCACCUUAAGGAGGACGAGAGGAGCCCCCCGGACAGCACGUACGACGACUCUUGUUGUGACGACAAAGAGAGUUACGAGUCCAGUCCUUUCCAAGCAGUGGCAGAUAUCUGCUACAGCCAACCAAUGGACUCCUUCCAGUACACCCUGGAGGCCAGCAUGUCUCUACGCCAACGCCAGGGCGAGGGCCCCAUGGUUUACCUGAACCGCGGCCAGUUCUACGCCAUCACACUGCGCCAGUCGGGCCUCAGAUCCUGCCUCCGCCAGCCCGGGGCCAAGGCCCGGCCCAGUGGACCCCAGCCGGCCCGCGGGCGGCAAGGCGCCGCGGGGGGCGCAGAGCUGCCGCAGCAGACUAUUGUUCAGAGUGUCGUCAUGGUGGUUUUCGGGGAGGACAAGUGCAGAGACGAGCAGCUGAAUAACUGGAAGUAUUGGCACUCUCGCCAGCACACGGCCAAACAGAGGGUCCUGGACAUCGCCGACUACAAAGAGAGCUUCAACACCAUCGGGAAUGUAGAGGAAAUCGCCUACAAUGCAGUUUCCUUUACAUGGGACCUCACCGAAGAAGCAAAGGUCUUUAUCUCGGUGAACAGCCUGAGCACAGACUUCUCCCCCCAGAAGGGGGUGAAGGGGACCCCUCUGAGGAUCCAGAUCGACACCUACAGCUACCAGUGCUCCAGCAGCCGGCCCAUCCACCGCGCCUCCGCCCACAUCAAGGUGUUCUGCGACAAGGGGGCGGAGAGGAAGAUCCGUGAUGAGGAGAAGAAACAGCUCAGAAAGAAGAUAAAAGGCAAAAAUGGCAACCCAUGUGCGGCUCUCCCAAUGAGGAAGGCUGACAGCACGCUGUUUAAAGUGUUGAAAGACUUGGACUCCCAGCCCGUCCUGUUCAUCCCUGACGUCCACUUUGGUAACCUGCAGAGAGCCGGACAGGUCUUUGCCUUCAAAUCCGAGGAGAUGGGCAAAGAAGGCAGCGUUUCACUGAAGAGGCCCCUGUGUCCCGCCGAAGAAGACUUCCACCCGCCAGCCGCUAAGACGGCCAAGGUGGAACCUGAAAGAAAAGUCCUGCUGUAUGUGAGGAAGGAGUGUGACGAGGUAUUCGAUGCCCUGAUGCUGCGCUCCCCAACGCUGCAGGCCUUGAUGGAAGCUAUAUCUGAGAAAUAUGCACUGCCUUUGGACAAGAUGGCCAAAGUUUACAAAAAGAGCAAAAAAGGGAUCUUGGUCAACAUGGACAACAACAUCAUCCAGAAUUACUCCAAUGAGGACACCUUCAUCCUGGCCAUCGAAAGCUCAGCUAACUCCUUGCAAGUCACUCUGUCAGAGAUCUAACAGGGCACAGAGGAAUUGGACUGGAACCCCCCACUCCCCCCCCCCUAAAAACACACCACACAACCAAGCAUCUAGUGGCGGUUCUCACAUUUCAUUUGGAGAAAUCCAUUGAUUCCUCAGCAGGAUUCUUCAACUUCGCAGCGAUAUAAUGUAUUUGGGUAUGAGCAACUGCUCAGGAAAGUUGAGGAUGAAAUGGAAAGUUGGAUCCAUUUUGAAUUUGUAAUAUUUGGUUCUUGCUGAUUUUACCUGUCAGGUGUUGAUCUGGAGAACCCUCCGGUUUGUGAUGGGACGGUUGAUAAUGUGGUCCGCACUCACUGACUUUGGUACUGGCCUUUUGGUUUUGUCUUAUUUUUUAGCGCUGUUUUUCUUAUUUUUUGAUGUUCCAAGAAAUGGAUGGUUUACAGAGCCCAGCGCUGAGGCUGGAGGGAUGUAGCUACUUCCUGUUUCCUUGAUCCCUGCUACUAAACCUCAAGUGCCUUAGCGUUGUCACCUUUCAUUUCUUCUCUUUUAAGAAACUAAAUAGUUUUAUAUGCAGUUGUUUGAGCUUGUGGUUUUGUACACGUAUAUGUUCACAGGGUUAAAUUAAAUGAAGUUUUAUCAA